ACACACACACCUGCGUCAUUUCCUAUACACAGAGGGUCUGAGCGCUUUUAAUUCAGCUCACCCAGCGGGUUGCGCACAUCGUUCGUUCCGCCGUAGAAACGCAACAGACUCCGGAGUUUGUGGCCAGAGUGAACGUGGUGGACAGCAGCGGUUAUUAUCCGGCACAGUUGUUUGCUUUACAGUAAUAAAGAAAGCUUCCCACGGACUUCAACCCGCCGGGUUUCUGACAUUACACGGGACGUUUGAAUCGCUGCGGCUCGACCUGGUGAAGGAGUGAAAAAUACAACCGGACAGCGAAAAAAUGCGCGCAUCCACUGGGACAUAGUUUGUUACCGGCGGACACACCGUGCGCGCGGCGCAACGCGCGUUUAUCUCCGGUUACCUGUUGAAGUUGCCUGAUGCGCGUUGAGUUGUUUCACGUUUUGUGUGGGAGAAUCGACUUGAGCAGCGCUUUGCCAGGUGCCCAGUCCGUCCUGUGUGAUGCACCGUUUCCCCGUUAUGUUGUAGGAUGAACGCUGAUCUGGAGCGAGUGUCGCUCAACACAUCGCUGAACUCGGCCGGCUCCGGCGGCCGUGCGCUCUCGGCAAACGUCCGGAGGCUCCACAACACUCUCAACCUGCUGCUCAGCGACCUGGAGAGAGAGCACUUCAUCCACUGCCUGAAUGUUUACCACGCAAAGCGCAACGUCUUCGACUUGGUCCAAACUCUCAACGUGAUUCUCAACACGGCCGAGAAACGACAGCUGUUGCCCAUGUUGCGCCUGGUCAUCCCGAGGUCCGACCAGCUGCUGUUCGACCAGUACACGUCCGAGGGGCUCUACCUAAAGACGGACCUGCUUCCCAGCAACGGCAGCGCGGAGGGCUUUGGACAAGAGGGUGACUCAGCUCUGCAAAAUUAUGUCAGUUCCAUCCACGAACAGCCUCUUCCUUCGGGCUGUCCGGAUGGGUUCAGCGCCGCGGCAGAGCUGUGCGCUUCCAUGGCCCCGCAGUUUCUUGAGGGCUUAUUUGGAGAGGUCCGCAAAGUCACCCUGACGCGCUCCAGGAGCCAUGAGGGUCUUGGCUUCAGCAUCCGCGGUGGGUCGGAGCACGGCGUGGGGAUCUACGUGUCCCUCGUGGAACCGGGAUCAUCGGCAGAGAGAGAGGGACUGAGGGUCGGGGACCAGAUAGUGACCGUGAACGACAUGAUGUUCAACAAUGUCACGCACAUAGACGCGGUGAAGGUGCUGAAGGGAUGCAAGAAACUGGCGAUGUCAGUGUGUUCUAUGGGUCGCAUCCCUGGAGGCUACAUUACCAACCACGUGUACAGCUGGGUGGACCCUCAGGGCCGGAGUGUAUCUCCACCGCCCGACAGCCAGGAGGGAAACCAGAGGCUAGGGCCCGGCAUGGAGGAGAGGACGGUAAACCUGAAUAUGGAUGAUGGCCGCUCUCUGGGCCUAAUGAUCAGGGGUGGUGCUGAGUAUGGGCUGGGGAUCUACAUCACUGGAGUGGACCCUGGAUCUGCUGCAGACGCUGGUGCACUGAAGGUAGGUGACCAGAUCCUGGAAGUGAACGGUCAGAGCUUUGUCAUCAUCUGCCACGAUGAGGCGGUUCACAUCCUCAAAUCGGGACGCCACCUGCUGAUGAAGGUGAGGGAUGUCGGUCGUCUGCCUCAUGCACGCACGGUGGUGGAUGAGACCAAAUGGAUCUGCAGUCAAGGCAUCGCUGAGACCAACGCUACAGCUAACCCAAGCUCUGUCACCAUCCCCACUGCCAGUGCUGGUGUUCACACUAGUGUCAGUGCCAGUACCUGCAGCACCAGACCAUCAUCAGCCAGAGCUACACUUGAAUUAGGAAAGCCCACAGUGCACAGAGGUGUGGGCCCGCCAGGUGUGCAGCUGUCUCUGGAGCAGCAGGCCUACAUGCUGCUGACGGAGCCAGAGAGGAAGACCAUGUGCUACUACUUGCAGGAGUACCAGGACAGACACAUAGGAGUGGAGUCAUUGACCAUGGCUCUGUUUGAGCUCUUCAACACACAUGCAAAGCUGUCCAUGUUGUCAGAGGUGAGGAGCCUGGUGGCUCCCCAGGAUCUGGAGCUGUACGACAGGCUGGUGUUGCACCGUGAGAUGGAAGCCCACCAGCCCUGGCAAGGAGGCCUGGGAGUGCCGCACCUACAGGGCCACUGCAACCACACAGCCCCUGUGAUCCACGAUGCAGGACAGACUGUCCCUGUGACGACUGAUGACUCUGUUGGUGACUGGACACAAAAAGAGCAGGAGGAAAACACUAAAAGCUUACAGAACAUCACACUGGAUGAAAUACAGGCCUCUGGUGAGUUUCUGUGGAGGAGUGCUCCAUUCCAGGCCCAGAGCAGGCUGUCCAGGGAGAAGGAGCUGGGCAGGAAGUCUCCAGCCCGGCUGGUGCAGCCCGGCUCCAGCCUACUCUUCGCUGGCCCCACCCAGCUGCUCCAGGACUGCCUCCAAAAGUCGCUAAAAUCCCUACCCACCAGCCACCAGCCCUCCCCUGCCUCCGCCACCCACCACACUUCUCUCAAUGCACUCCAUCACACUUUCUUCCAGCCCUGCGAUGCUGAACACCUCAACCACCCCCACUUUGCUCAUCACUUCCACCACCAUCCCGGCAACCACAUUAGAUCUAGUUCGGGACAUCACACCUGCCCGGGCUUCCUGCACCACCGGGACUCCUCCAGCUCUGCAAAACCACAGGGAUCCGUCAAGCUCUCCUCCAGAUCCAGCUCCUACGAGAAAUCCUUCAUCUUGUCAAAGUCUGCGUCCUCUUCCAAAGCAGCAUCUCCCAUGGUAUCCCCUCAUCCAUCACCCCAUCCCUCGCCAUGUCCCUCCCCCUGCCCCUCUCUCAUCACACCUGCUGCUCCACCCUGUAGUCCUGACCGCCUCUGCUCACCUGCCCUCACUCAAAAAGUUAUGCUAACGGACAUGAACUGGCUGUCUGCAGACUCCAGACCACAACAAAGAGGGGCCACACUGUCCCAGCUGUCCGACAGUGGCCAGACCCUGAGUGAGGACAGCGGGGUGGAUAUAGCCGAGGCAGGAGGCCUCAGUAAGGACGGCAGCCCUCGACCCAGCAAGAACCAGAGGCGCCAUCUUGAACAGCCAGGGGCCCACGCACUUACUUCAGGGGCCACCAGACAAACUGGCUCACCGUUGACGGAGCCCACUGCUACCCUGGUACGGGUGGUGAAAAAUGCCAACACCCUUGGCAUCGCUAUUGAGGGCGGAGCCAAUACACGCCAACCUAUGCCACGCAUAGUCACCAUUCAGAAAGGAGGCUCAGCUCAUAACUGCGAGCAGCUGAAGGUGGGUCUGGUCAUCCUGGAGGUCAACGGCAUCUCCCUGAGAGGUCGGGAGCAUAAGGAAGCCGCCCGGAUCAUCGCAGAGGCCUUCAAGUCCAAAGAGAAGGAUUACAUUGACUUUCUGGUGGUUGAGCCGGGACUCUGAUAUGAUAUCAUUUUGGACUUUAUGCAGCUAAGAAGACACUGUUUUACUGCUUUGAGGGAACCAUAUGAACUCAAUCAUAAUAUGUAUAUAUAUAUAUAUAUAUAUAUAUAUAUAUAUACACAUACAUAUCAUGGCCCUCAUUUUAAUCUAAUGUUACAUUCUUUGCACUCUCAGUCUUUAGUUGUCCUUUGUAUGAAACAUAAAAAUGUUUCAUACAAUAUAUGGAGGCAGGUAGGAGGAUCAUCUGAGUCACACAGUCAUCACAGUAAAUCAAAUCAAAUCAAAUCAAAUCAAAAAAAUCUAAUCAAAUCAGAUCAGAUCAUUGUAGUUUUCAUUUGAUCAGCAAAAAUAACACUGUGGUCGAAUUGAAUGCAAAGUGAGACGGAGCCAAACACGAUCAUCUAGGUUGAAAACAAGUUUAGCCACAUUACAACUUGCCAAAUCCGUAAAUGAACAACAUACAACAUAUCCUCAUUACCCUUAAUGACAAACAUAAUUUGGUCACAGCUACAUUUACUACAAAACAAAUUUCUUGCUGUAAAUUAGUUUUAUAUAAACAUCAUCUCUAGGAGACCGAGACUGAAGACCCUGGAUAAAAGUGGACCUAUUGUAUUUCAUAAUGUUAGUUUCCCAUAAACACAUCAUACUCAAUAUGUACAUGUACAUUCUUUAACAUUUGAUCAGUAUUUUAGCAGUAUUUUUCAUAUGCCCUUCAGUCCCUCUGAUACAAGUGAUAGUUUGUUGGUAUACAGUAGAUUGCUAUGACUACAACGUUUUAUAAUUUGUUACAACCCAGCUCACAAUAGGGGAAGCCCAACGCAACCUGCUGGAAUUGGUUAGGUAAAAUAUAAUAAGUAGUAAGGAGGGUUUCAGCCGCUCCAAUCAGCAACACGAUGGGCGGACACACCCCCUCCAGUAACAGCGGCCAGUCACGAAGCAGACCCACGCAGCCCACUUUGCAUACGGGUCAACAGGAAACAGGGUUAAGCACACGGGGCCUGUAGCAUAAUAUUAAACAGUUUAACAGUAGAAGGGCAUUUUAAUAUUCUCUGUAAGAGGAUGUUAUUCUCUUAGUAGAAUGUUGUUGUCUCAUAGAAAUGACUUUUAUAUUCAAAAACACUGCAACAGCAACAUUCAGUAGAAUAAGUAAUCAUGACUGACUUAAUGAGGAUAUGUUGUUGAUUUACGUUGAAGUAAAAUGUUAACUGUUUCCAGCAUUAUGAAACUGUUUAUCAUUCUGUUACGACUCUCGCAGCACUGGGGGAAGGUUAGCGAAACAGAUCUUGGUCUAAUACAGAAAAAGUUCACAAUGAUUUCACAAACAACAUGUGUAUUUACAUUUAACCAAAACCACCAUCUGUCCCCUAACAAAGUGCUUCUGUAGUACAGAGGCCUAUGGAAGUGAACACAUCCCCACCACCUCUAUGACUCCACUGCUCUUAAUAAAUGUAGCGCUUCAUUCAUUCAUUAUUCAAUUAAAAAUAUAUCUUUUCUA